AUGUACCACAUUGUUCAGCCAGAUCCCCACCAUGGCUAUGGCCCAGAGAGGGUAGACACAGGGUUGAACACUUGGUACAUUACAAUCGACGAUCACUGCGUUGACAGCGAAUGGGUUCCGAACUUUUCUGCCGCGAUUAGCAAGGGGCAAUGGAUCAAGGAUGAGGCACCAAGCCUCUUGCCACACCUCCUAGGGGGGCCAUUAACCAAGGCCAAAGACGACGAGGAUAAGGACGAGGACGAAGAGGAAGAAGAGGAAGACGAGGAAGACGAAGAGGUUGAAGAUGAUGAGGCGGAAGAUGACGAGGACGAAGCUGAAGACUCUUAUGAUGACUUCGUAUGGGCUGAAGUAACGCUCAAGUCGCAGGAGCAACUCGACAAAGAAUUCGACGGCAAGGAAACGGCCUGGAAGCUCGAGGAGUGGCGCCUGAACCUAGUUGCGCAGCAGAGACAUUUCCCAAAACACAAGGCUGGGGACGAGAAUGAUGAGUACGCGCAGUUGCUGAAGAAGAUGAUGAGAAUGUGCAAUGUCAAAGUCAAACAGAGGGAGUAA